GAAAUCCGACUCGGCUCCCAGAGGGGGCGAUGGGGGCGUGGCCCUAGGAAAGACGUUUGUGAUUGGUGGGUUCUGCUUUGCCCGGGAAGUUCGAACGGAAGUCUGGGAAAGAGUUGGGAGAGCAAAGGAAGAGGGAAUGUAGUAAGGACUCUGAAAGAAGGGCAGCAGUUGUAGCGUACUCGCAGCAGCAGGAGUGGCUCGAAGGUCGUUGUCCAGUAACUGGGUAGAAUUUUGAGUAUGCUAUACUCCCGUUUCAGUAGGCUCACCUUGCAGUUAAGGAUUUACAUAACCCUACAGGAGCCACUUCCAGAGAAAAUAACAGCUCUUAAUUCAUUAGUUGAGCCAAUGCAGCCCUUGUUGCCUGCUCUUAAAGCUGCUGCUUCUAGUCUUCCUUCCACCUCACUACUUGGUCCAGUGCUGCUUAUAUAUGAAUUAGAAGUUGGGAAAUGGAAAUUCAAGGCCUUUCUGAGAAUUUGGUUCUGCAUGUUCCUGGCUGUGGCAUGUUUCUCCUUGGCGAGGCCGACUUCCUCCAGAGAAGGAAGCAACUGGACUGGCUUUGGAGGAGAGAUUUCAGUGCUCUUGGAUCUGACCCGGGAGCUGCACCUGCCCAAAGAUGUGAUUUAACAGGUUCUCAGUAUGUUUUUGUUCUGCUUUUGUUUUUAAAUUUGUUAGAAUAUUGAGGUCCCUUCCUUUGGUCUCUCCCACAUAAGCAGAAGGGUUUAUGAUUGGGGGCUCCUUCAUGAAUCAGAUGAGGGUCUUCUCUUGGCUUUUACUCUCACCCAUGCCUUCAUAAGCUGACUAGAGAGGCUGGAAAGCUGGUCACAUGUUCGGUGAGAACUCCCAAGGGUGAUAUUCAAGAUCUUUAAUGAGCCCUGCAGCAUGGCCAGUGAUGAGAAUGGUUGCUGCUCCUGACACCGGGGAAGGCACCUGGAGGUCUGCUGCUGUGCCUCUGAGUGUGGGGUUGUAUCUUUGGGGUGUGAUGGGGACACUUGGGGUAUAAGGACUUGAACAGAGGCUGCUUUGAGCUGAUACAAAAGUCUCUCAGUACUUGAACAUCCCGUGUGGCCAAGUUGAGGCUUACAGCUGAAAUCAGUCCUAGAGCCACCCUGAGGAAAAGCUUUUUGAGGCAGUGGACUCCUGGAACAGAGAGAACAAACAUUGGGAAUGGUAUUCUCUCUUUCCUUGGAGCUCAUCAACUCCUGCCUGUCUCUGCUGCUCCACUCCUCUCCUGUGCUUAGGGCUUCCCUUAGGAACAGGCAGUGCCCUGUCCAAAUCCAGCUCCCUGUUCCCUGCUCUUUUCCAUGCUAGUGCCAUUUGUUUGAGUCUUAAUUCUUUCCUUCUCAAAUGCCUUCUGCAGGGGUCACAGACUAAAUCAUGUCAGGCAGCAUUUUGGUAGUCAGUUAAUACCUAUCUAGCAGUUAUUAAAAUGCCAGAUGCCCAAGGAGCAAGAGGUAGGCGGGGACAUUUCCUUGUGGCACAGCUCAGCCGUGGUUGCCCACAGGCCUUGUGCACAAUUCCACUCUUAAACAAAUGAUGUGUACAGUCAAGUAGAAAGUACAAUGAGAAAAGCAUAAGCUGUGAGGCUGUGCUCAAAUCCUGGCCUGGCUGUGUAUUGGCCAUUAAUCUCAUGAAGCCUUAGUUCCCAUAUCUAUAAAAUGGACAUAAUAAUUAGAUCUCCCUCACAAGACUGUGAAGCUGAAAUCACAGCUAGUAAGUGGCAGAUACAGUACUGAAGUGCCAUUUUAACAAUUCUUUGUAGAGAGAUUUAUUAAAACGUGAUUUAUAAAUGUUUUUCAGUAUUUAGUUAUGGAAAAAAGGAAGAAACUGAUUGCUCCCUGCCAAUUUGAACCUCACAUAUUUUCCCACAAUUUGUCUCACAAAUGUAGAAGUGUAAGGCUUGUAACUAACUUUCAGAAAUCUGUUUCCUGGUUUCUAAUUUGAGCUCACUAAAGAUGGAAGGGAUCGUGCCACAGACCCAGCCAGUGCAGCUCCAGGUGACUGGGAUUGGUCAGGUGGAUAGGACUUAGAAACAGGUUACUAGUCUUGGGGGACAGAAGAACUGGCUUUAGCAUUAGGUUAAGCAAACCCUUGAAAAACUUAAUUCUUGUUUUUGCAGUGCAGUGAGAAUGAAUGGGUCAGUAUUUGGGACCCAAUAGAAAAAGCAUAUUUAGGUUAAAUGUUCAUAUUAAGUCUCCUAGGAGCAAACUUGGUUUGUAAUUGUUUAACCCAAAGUGAAUAUUGCUUCCCAGGCUCAUGAAAGAAUUGCUUGUGGUUGGGAUUAUCUGUGUCUCAACUCCAUCAUCAGCUAUUUUACAUGUUUUUGAUUUGAAAUAGACAACCCUUUGGGAUUUCUAAUGUCUUCUUUAUUUUACUCUACACGGAGAUCUAUGACUUACAUGAAUAAUUUCAUCAACAUCUGCAAAUCCUAAGUUAAGACUUUAAGAUGCCCAAAUUGGCACGAAAAUGUUUAAAGAUGGUAUUUUAAAGGUAAUGUUUAGUUCUGGGAAAGAUGUAGUUAGAGGCACUCAUACUGUUAAUGGUAGUAUAAAAAAAACCUCCUGGAAGUGAGUCAGAGAUAUGUAUCAACAGCUCUAAAAAUGUAUAUAACUGCCUUACAGGGAUUCCAGUUCUAGUGAUAAAUCCUACAGAAAUAAUAAAAGGUACAUGUACUUAUGCAUAAGUAUGUUUAUCAAAGCAUUAUUUAUAAUAGCGACUACUGGAAACAUUGUGAAUAUUCAGUGUUUGGGAAUGAUUAAAUAAACUAUAGCAUCCCCAAAUGAAAGAUGACUAUAGAAGCAAUUAGGUGUGAAGUUUUGGAAGAAUUUUUAGUGACAUGGAAAAUACAACACAAUGUAGAAAGAGUUUGUAAUUAAUGGGCUAAUGUGACAAAUAUUUAUUAAGUACCUAGUAUGUGCCAGGCACUGUGGUCAGUGUGCAAAAUACAAUUUAUAUGCCCUCAAAGAAUUUAUAUUCCAGUGGGAAGGGGGUGAAAAGAUAAUAAAUAAUGAGCUUAAUAAAUAAUGAAUUCUAUAGUGAGCUAGCAAAUGAUAGGUGAUGUGGCCAAAAGAAAAAAAAAAAAACUGAACAGGACAAGGGGCAUCAUCAUGAGUUCUGGGGUGAGAGUGAAUUGUGAUUUUAAAUGAGAUAAUCCAGGGUAGGCCUCAUUGUGAAGGCAGUACUGGAAGAAAGACUUGAAGGGGUGAGACUGUUAGCCACAUGGAGAUGUGGAGAAGAGUCUCAGACAAAGGGGACAGCCAGUGUCAGGGCCAAAUAAUUGAAGUGGUAUAAACAGUGUGAUUUCAGUAUGGUACAAUAUAUGUGCAUGUAUUUUAUUUAUCUCAUAUAUUUAUAAGAAAAACAAUUUUUAAAUUCUUAAUGGUUCCAACUUUCACAUUUUCUCUAAAUCAACUUGAAGGGCAAUUAUUAAGGUUUUGCAGUGGUCAGUUUUAUAAAACCUGUGUUGCAGUGUAUUCAUUCAGUUUGGGUUUGAUGGAAGGUUUAAGAUAAGAAGGAAAAACUAGCACAACUCUUUUUCCCCCAUGUCUUUAUUGCUAAUAUCUCCUGACAAGAUAGAGACCUUAGUUUGUACAAAACACAUGAAAAUUACAAGAGUUGCCAAGGUGAGGCAGGCAAUGUUCAUCCAGAGACCCCUCAUUUAAGGAAGCUCAAAGCAGAUGCUAAGAGCAGAAAAAUAAAAUGUUUCAAGGAGGAACUGUAAAUAAGGAAUUUGGAUAAAUAAUUAGUUUCUAAUAUUUCACAAACCAGAUUGUAAUUCAAGUUUGAGAUAUGAUUAACUGAAAUCUUAGGUUACUAUAUUUGUAUGAAUUCUCCCUUAAAAAAUUUAUGUAGGAAGGAGUAAAUGCUUUAGUUUUUUAAAGCAGUAUCUAUUGAAGGAGAACUUAUAACACUUCUGUCAUUAAGAUAGAUGUUAUUCAUCUAGUUUCUCAGUGAAUUUAGUUUCCAACAAUGACCAAUUCCCUUCUUAUUUGUUAAUAUAAUGACUUAAUAUACUCUUCUAACAUUUGUUUUAAAUUGACAUCAGUAUUUCUCAGCAUAUUUUUUCAUUCCUCCCAUCAAAACAGAAAAGUCUCAACACAUUGUUGGCUGUGUUUAUUCCUUUUCUUAAAAAAAUUAAGUAGAAAUGGUUGGUGCUAUGAGCUGAACACUUACAACUUACUAAACUACUCGAGAGGAAGCAGAACCUAUACGGGAACAGGUUUCUGUUUUGAAGUUCCCUCAGAAUAUUAUAAACAGAAGAGAAAAAAAAAGUGAGUUCAGAAAUGAUUAACAAACCACCCUUAGUCAAUGCCAAACAUGCAAAAUCUUUUAAGCCAGGUUCUUUUUAAAAGUUUGUAGUUGGCUAACUCAUAGGGAAUGUAAAUAAGGGCAAAGCAGUAGUAGUUGAUACUUUUAGGUCUAUAGAUAAAUACUUUAUACAUAUAUAUUCAAAAACCCUAAACAUUUAUGAGAUAACUUAAACACUCCUGGCUGAUAUGUUGUAUGAAUGGCCUGCAUAUAUGCAUUAUUGUUUAAAAAUUCUAGGACAGUUCUCUGAGGUGUGGUUUCGUGGGAAUCGUGGAUGGAGGAAUUGGUAUGUCCUGGAAUUGAAAUGGGUUACUGAGCGCUGCCCCUGCUUCCCUUUCUCUCCGUAAAUAAGAAGUGCAACAUCGAGCACUUUUCUUGAUGUUGAACAACCAAAUUUACUCCACACCAAAAAAUUUUGUCUAGCCUUUGAGAAACAAUUUCUAAGUGGAGAGUGAGUCUUGAUUUAAGGAACCUGUUUUCACAAUUUUCUGUGUUUGCUUGUAAAUCUAGUUGGGAUGAGGGAAAAUGAACGUCUCAAUGUGUAAUUAAGUAUGUGACCUAAAACUGAGAUGUGAAGGACUUAGGUGUUGUUGCCACAUGAGCUGGUGACGGGUGCUCUUCUGCUAUGGGAGACCUGGGAACAGGCAAGUCACCAGAGGUUCCCUCACCUGGGCUGACUUCAUUCCAUGAUGAUGCUAAUGUGUACCUACCUCUGUAAUUUCUUUCUGAAUUGUUACUCUGAGAGAUUCAAAGUUGAGAAAUUGAGGCUCACAAUUCCUCGCAGAGUGGGAAAACAUCAUAGCCAUUUCCCCAAAAGACAGCUGAGCAGAAGCAGCAUCCUCAGGAGGCGGAACUUGAAUUCAGACUCCUGGGGUGCCACUCCCCACCCUGUGCCACACAGUUCUCACUUAGCUUUAUUUUCUGUGUAUCCAACCACAUGCAUAAGAGUCCUGCGUUCUUCCUGCCAUGGGAGCAUCAGACUUAGCAAUUAUGUUUGCGUUUUACAGCUUUAGUCAUCAAAUGUCCCGUUCCGGCCGCGGUUUCCCUUUAGUGCACGUUCUUAAAAACGUAAAGGACCAAUAGGUAACGAUGACUAAUUGCUUUUGGUGUAAUAGCUGUUUAUGUUUUUGAACCUGCGUUCCAAGUCUGUCUGUUCCUGUGUUUGUUACUCUGAAACAAAGACCACAUUUAGGCUAGGAUUUAUCUUCUUUUAACCUUCUUUGUGUUUUCAUACCCAGCAACCUGGAUAGUUCCUGGCACUCAGCAGGGUUUCAGUAAAAACAUUUAAUGAGGGAGUCGCACCUCCGUCCACAAGAGUCUCUGUAUUUAUUCAAACUGCAAUGCAACUAUUGAAGUUCUCUCUUCAAAUACAAAAAUGCAAAAUAUCCAGAAACACCAUCUCAACUCCUUCCUCACUCAUGUUUUGAUAUUACCCACCGAAGAGUAGCUUAAUAUAAUAAGUAGAACUUCUAAACACAUCCCUAAGCAACUUCUGACCCCUUAAAAUGAAAAUCUUUCUGUAGAGGAAAAUCUGUAGAAUUGUUUCACCUUUAAUUGAUUGAAGAUAAUGGUGCUCGGAACUAUUUUUGAAAAUAAUCUUGAUCUAAAGGGGAAAAAAAAAUACAUGUGUUUCUUUUGAGUGCUGCUUCUUCAUUUUUCUAAUGGGCUCUUCACUAUUGUUUUGUCUGAAUGCAGUUUUUUAUUUGUGUUAUUCCAGACGUGGUCCUACCGCAAGCAUCUUUAAACCAGACAUUAAUAGCAUAGUUCACAGUCAUUACUGCCAGUGCUCAAACACAAAUAUUGCAUUUGUGUUUGCAAAGCUACACAUCAGAUGUUAAUUAAGUGCAUUUGGGUUUUUUUCUGCUUAAACAAUCUGGCAUAAAGAGUUUACAUCUAUAUCAGUUCACCAUAAGGUCUCUACAAUAUCUGAAUCACCAGCCAUACAGUAUAUGAUAAAUACUGUGUUUCCACACAAGAAAAUAACAGAAUUGUCAGGAAAACAUCAGGCCUGUUAUAUAUCCCUGUGAAAUAAUAGCAACUGAAUCUCAGUUUCUUUUUCUUUUUGAUAAAAAAAAGUAUUUAACUAGGAGUAAACACCAAUAUUUAGAAUGAUAAAUUUUUCAUUAAAGAACACAUGGAAAGCGAAACCAUACCAAAGAUUUUUUUCCUUGUUUUUAGCUUGCUUCAGGGCGUUUUGACAGUUGCGUUGGAAUAAAAUUGGAAUUUCAGCUUUGCAGUGAGGAGAUUCAUGCUGCCGCCAGAGCAGCCGAGUGCCAAUCUGCGGGAGGCGGGAGCCUAGCGAAACCGCAAACUGAGAAACAAACUUUCACAUCAGGUUUCUAAUUUUAGAGCAAAAAAUGGAAUUACUUUAAUUGUGACAUUUAACUAGAAAUACGAUUUGCUGGGAUUAAUUAUCUCCCUUAUUUAAAAAUUCUCACUAAGUUUAAAUUAGCAUAAAAAAUCAAAUUCAGCAUUCGAAUAAGGUCAAUGGGACUGCUGGAUUUAAAUGCAGAAUUAGAUUCUUUAGAAUUGGAUCACCAUAUUGGUGUUGGACUUGGGGAGGAUUAAAUUGAGGAAAUUGGAAAAGCAUGCAUUUG